ACACCGAGCAAAGUCCCCAAUUGGCGCGGCCAGGUGGCGUAAUUCCAACAGUCAAAGCCAGCUCAAUACAGUUUGGAUUGGGAUCCGAAACGAGAGCUUCGCUCACGUUCUCGGGUUGACUCACUGAGUUCCAACACAACAUAACUCGACCUAGAUAUAUAUUAUUUCUUUCCUUCCCAACGAAAAAUUUAGAACCAAUCAAACAAUUAUAUCUGAUUUCUCUCCUUUUUCCUGUUGUUUCUUGCUGAAUUCAGUAUUCAGAUCUGAAAAUCGCAAUGGGUAGGGAUCAUUUGGCUAUGAAGACUGAUCAAGUAACCGCUGAAUUGAUCGAUUCUGAUAUCAACGAUCUAAAGAUUGCAGCCAAAAAGCUUUUUAAUCAUGCUACUAAGCUCGGUGGGUUGGGAUUUGGCACUUCGUUUCUCAAAUGGGUCGCUUCGUUUGCUGCCAUAUACUUGUUGAUUUUGGAUCGAACAAAUUGGAAGACAAAUAUGUUGACCUCACUUUUAAUCCCCUACAUCUUCUUCAGUUUUCCCUCAGUACUGUUCCAUUUUCUGAGUGGAGAGUUUGGAAAAUGGGUUGCUUUUAUUACAGUUGUGCUAAGACUUUUUUUCCCCAGACACUUCCCUGAUUGGUUGGAGUUGCCAGGUUCAUUGAUUCUUCUUCUGGUUGUGGCUCCAAAUUUCUUUUCACACACUCUAAGGGACAGUUGGGUUGGUGUUCUGAUAUGCCUCAUCAUCGGCUGUUAUCUGCUUCAGCAGCACAUCAGGGCCUCAGGCGGAUUCCGAAACUCCUUCACUCAAACUCAUGGGAUAUCCAACACUAUGGGCAUUAUUUUGCUCUUGGUCUUCCCUAUUUGGUCUCUGGUUCUCCACAUUCUCUAGGAUAUAAUGCAUUUGAUGUUUUAGGCUGCUUCAGCAAAUUUCUCAAUGUUUGCAGUAUUAUUGUUCUAUGUGCUUUUAUUCGUAUCCAAAUCUAUUUGUGGAUUCUGCAAUUUGGUGGGUGUAGAAUGAUCAUAUUUAUAAACAAUCUACCGUUUACUCAAA